AUGUCUCAGCCUCAGACCGAGAUGUUGUCUGCAUCUUCGGAUGCCAACUCUAGCGAGCGCCAGUCAUCCACGCCUUCAACUCAGUCCAACGACCACAAUCAUGCUGGCCCCAACCCAGCUCAGGCUCAGGUCCUGGACGAGACGCUCUUCCCUGCCGAUUCGUAUACCCGCGACACAAAAACUUACUGGGCCGAUCUUCCCUUCUGGGAAAAGACCAAAUGGAUCAACGCACAGUCCAAUCAGGAAGCACGUCGAGAGCUCGGUGAGAUCGGUAGCAUGUUUAAGAGCGAUCCGCUCUCCCCUUUGCGCGCCUACUACAACAACUACGUCAUCACUGGUCUCGGUCUCUUCGUCGAGGGCUACACGCUCUUCUCCAUUGGCAACCUCUCACCUCUCUUCAAGGCGGUCUGGCCACAAUGCUGGAAGAACUACACCGUCUGCGAUGAAGGCUGGCUCCACGCCAUCGACUACCUCGAGAUCGUUGGUAUCAUCGUUGGUCAGAUCCUCGUCGGUAUCGAAGGUGACUGGAUCGGCCGUCGAUUUGGCAUGGUCCAGGAUGCGCUCAUCAUGACUCUCGGUUCCGUAAUGUUGACCGCCAUGUGGGGCACUUCGCUCAACGGCUGGAUUAUCUGCUACGCCUGGUCUGUCUUUAUCUACGGCAUCGGUGUUGGUGGUGAAUACCCCAUGACUUCGACCCGCGCCAUGGAGGGCACUGGCACCGGCCGCGCUGCCACUACUGGUGAUCGAAUGCACCGUGGUCGUAAGGUCGCCCUUUCCUUCCUCAUGCAGGGCUGGGGUCAGCUCGCCAACCAAGCCGUCCUCAUCAUUGGUCUGCUCAUCUUCCACGGCUCACUCAGUGCUCCGUAUUCCACGACGUCGACUCAGUGGACCUUCCGUGUUCAGUUCGGCAUCAUUGCCGUAUUCACCCUCUAUCUCGCCUACAUUCGAUACUAUCGCAUGAAGUACCAGGACGCUGCGCUCAAGAACGCCAAGAAGCGCCUCAAUACGUCGGGCUACGACGUCAAGUCGCUCAAGCUCUCGCUCAGUCACUACUGGCAUCGUCUCGUUGGCACCGCCGGUGGUUGGUUCGCCAACGACUUCUUCUUCUACGGCAACAAGAUCUUCUCCGGCGUCUUUAUCAAUAUUAUCACGGGCGGCAGCGGUAGUCUCGAGACCACCUGGCUCUACAACCUGUACAAUAUCAUCAUUUCGCUCGCCGGCUACUACCUUGCGGCUCUGCUCAUGGAUCACAAGCAGUACGGCCGCAAGUGGAUGCAAGCCAACGGAUUUAUUGCCGACUUUAUCCUUUUCAUCAUUGGUGCUUCGCUCUUCGGCCCGCUCACCCAGCCUGGCGGCGGUAUCAAGGCAUUCCAGGCGAUCUACUUCCUUUCGUCGUUCUUCAACCAGUUUGGUCCCAACUCGACCACCUUCUUGCUCGCUGCCGAGGUGUUCCCAGCUUCGAUCCGUGCCACUUCGCACGGUGUAGCAGCUGCCGUUGGUAAGCUGGGUGCACUUGCGCCCGCCAUUCUGUACAACUACAUUGACAACCAUACCAAGUUUUGGGUGGUUUCGUGGUUCGGUCUGCUCGGCUGGGUGCUUACCAUGGUAUUCAUUCCGGACACCACUGGUCUCGAUUUGCGAGAGCAGGAGCGCUACUGGGAGUGUGUGGUGCAGGGUCGUGAGCAGGACUACCACGGAGUCGCCAUCCACCCGCGCCACCUUUCCUUCUACGAACGUGUAGUGCUCAAACGCCACCGCUACUACGAUCCAGAGCUCGACCGUCAGCAAAAGAUGCGCGAACUCGAGGCGCACUUCCACUCGAGCAAGAACGAGAAGGGGGGCGACGACGAGUUCCCCACUGACGACUUGAUGGAGGCUGAUCUCCAGCUCUACUUCCAAUCACUCGCUGACGGUCAGAACAAGAAGCUGCAACCGCAACCAUCGCAACCUCAGCAACCUUCCAAGCUUGCCGAGAUCGAAAAGAGGUUGUGA